AUGGGCAAGAUCAUCUUCUACGAGGACAGGAACUUCCAGGGUCGCUCCUAUGAGUGCAUGAGCGACUGCUCUGACAUGACCUCCUACCUGAGCAGGUGUAGUUCCUGCAGGGUGGAGAGCGGCUGCUUCAUGAUCUACGAUCGUCCCAACUACAUGGGAAACCAGUAUUUCCUGAGGAGGGGCGAGUACUCCGACUACAUGUCUUUUGGCAUGAGUGACUCCAUCCGUUCGUGCCGUUUAAUUCCACAGUACAGAGGAUCCUACAGGAUGAGGAUCUACGAGAGGGAGAACUUCCAGGGCCAGAGUCACGAGCUGAUGGACGACUGCGACAACAUCAUGGACCGCUACCGUAUGUCCGACUGCCAGUCCUGCCACGUGAUGGACGGCCACUGGCUGAUGUACGAGCAGCCCCACUACAAAGGCAGGAUGGUCUACCUGAGUCCUGGAGAGUACAGGAGCUUGAGAGACGUGGGAUACAGCGGCAUGAGGCUCAGCUCCGUCAGGCGUAUCAUGGAUUGCUGCUGA